ACCGGACAAUGUCCGUCUUCUGAUUUGUGCCCCGAGUCUUAUCUCGUUGCAUCUAGAGGAUUUCGAAGGCUUGACACCUUUCCUUGAAAACAUGCCAUUGCUAGAAACAGCCCAUGUUAGCCUUAAAGAUGGAUGCCAUGAUUUCUGUCACAAGAACAAGCGUAAUUGUGAUGAUCCUUGCUGUGGUUGUCAUGCCUAUCCUAUCAACAAGGCGGUGCUUCUCAAUGGUUUGUCCAAUGCUGUCAAGUUGGACUUGAUUGCUUCACCUAAAAUGUUUCUCUACAGAUGGGAUUUGAAAUGGUGUCCCAUUUUUGGCAAAUUGAAGACUCUGUUACUCAAUGAGUGGUUUACGGCUGUUGGCCUAGUUUGCAUUCUCCGACAUUCUCCAGUCCUUGAGAUACUCACUCUUAAGCUUGACAAUACCGAGGACAUUGUAGGAGCAACAGGAGCCCAGGAAACAAAAACACAAUCAUUUGUUUGUGCAUGCAUUAAGUCCGUUUACGUUGAAUGUGAAGAGGUUGAUGAGGGAGUUCUUGCAGUCUUGAAUAUCUUAAGUACAUGCGGCAUACUUCGUGAUCAAAUUAGCAUCAAGGAGGAUCCACGUACGGACUCAGAUUAUUCAUCCGCUGAUAGUGACUCCUCUGAUAGCGACUAAGAUGUGUGAUCGGUCACAUUGUUCAUCUGGAGACUUCUGUUUCUCUAAAGAAUCUGCAAUGGUGGCCAUGUGUUGGCUGUUAGCCUGUAAGUGUGAAGUUCUUCUGUUUCUGCUUCCCAUCUUUGGUCUCUGCCGGAAUUUUGUCUUUAUGGUUUGUUCGGUGCAAAUGCAAGACGUUCCACUUUGUCAGGAAUCGACCGGGAAUCUAAAUUAUGGUUACAACUUUGCUAUGUUUCUAUAAGCCGCCGGGAAUCUGUAUGAUGGUUACAUACAUAUUUUGUAGAUCGUCAAUAUAUACAGGAACAGUACAUGCAUCUCUUCUGUCCCUGUGCGUCAUAUAUAUACAUCGGAAUUGUACAUGCAUCAGAAAUCCUGGGUGUCCAUGUGCGCUAAUAAUCCUGGGUGAGGUAGCGACCUAAGUUUCCUCUUGAUAUGUUGAAGAUUGUGGGAACAGCAGUGUCAUUUCGACCUGAAGAAAUAGUCGCGUUGCUGCUUGAGUGUCACCUCAGAAAGAGUCGAAUUUAAAUUACAUGUUCAUUCCGUU